AUGUGUUUGUGUUUGCAGAGUGCAGCCUACAGGUCAUUCUUCACAAGAGCGUGUAAUCAGAAGAAGAAAUGGUGCCAACCUGCCCUUUCGAUUUCCCCCGAGAUCACAGCUAUUGUCUACUCCAUUCUGGCCAUCUUUCAAACGGUCACAAGAAUUUUUCUCGCUAUAACUUGCGGACAAUAUGAUUUGCUGAUUUCAUUCCUUGAUUUUCUGUACUGGAAAUUCGUCGUCAAUCCUACAAUCCUGGGUCCUAUUCUCGUUCGUCUAUUUUUGUUUCUGUUUGCUGUACAGGUUAUGCCAAUCCGCAGCGAACUAAAGAAGGCAACGGCAUCGGAGUGUUCGAAGGAGCUGCGCGAUCUAUCAGACGACGAAUACAAUCAGCUACUAGCAACCGUUGCUAGCUGGCCAAAAAAGGUGUUUGUUUCGGAGUCGGGGAUUCUCUCUGCCGGGGCUGGAGCCGGUGAAGUGAAAAGUGGCAAAAAAUUAACUCCAGCCGCUCAAUCUUGUUUGAACAAGAUAUAUAACGAAGUUAGAAGCACUUCUACUGGUGAGCACGCGCUAGGAACGAAUUCUUCCUUUGACGAAGAGUCUCCAUUCAUGUCGAGGAGGAUUGAGGCGCAUUCUGCCUUCACUCCAACAAAAAAGAAACCAGUGCGUUAUGAGAAGGAAGACAUGAAAUUCAUUGAUGAAGACAAUGACGUCGAGAUGAUGGAUCUAAGUGGAUCGAACACAACGGCUACUCGUACUUUUAUUCGUGGUAAUCGCGAACACACGGCUACUGAAUACACAGAUCCUGACGUAGAAUUGGGAUCGUCCCAGUGUGUUGAUGAUAGUCGCCUUCGCGUCCUGAAUGGUUGGAAUGAGAAAGCUCUACAGCGCAGCGGUAGACUUCUUAGCCAAUCAAAUACAAUACUUGGACCUCACAGCGGUGGUUCUUUCUUUCCGAUAACCUCGUUCGAUGAUGGAACCGAUGUGAUUCCAAAUCUAACUACUGCGUAUGAGAUGCCACCACAUUCUAAGUCACUACUUCCGACUCCUCAUGAAGAAUUGUCAAGUCCAAACACGGAUACAGUACAGCAACCUAACGGAGUGACCAACAACAUUGAGGACGUGAUCGCGAAAAAUGCUAUACAGGACGUCGUUGUUCCUACUGCCAAGUCGGAAUUGGGAAAGCGGAAAAAGAACAAGAAGGAUAAAAGCAAGGAGAAUGUGAUUAUGGCCGAGCACGUGCCCGGGCAUAUGGGCCAACUGCCCGUUGAACAACUAGUGGAUCUGAUCGAAGGCAAACCGGAGCACAACACUAAAAAACAGAGCGCAAAAGAAAAGUCCGAGGUCGCAGCUGAAGAAGCGAUCCAGACGAAAAAAGAGCGCAGACGCAAGUCGAAGGAGCUCAAGGAGGCCGCUUCGCCGUCUGCCUCGAACACCGCCACCAUCGGCGCAUCACAGACGAAGACGGGCGGGUCAACCGCCGCCACCGCCACUGUUUCCGCUCCCGCUAACGCAUCGCAACCUCCGAAAAUGGAGUUCACCGUAGCCAGCAAGCGCGUGACAUCAGCUGGAUCGGAAAAGCGACGCGGCGGAAAAGGGGCUGGUGCUGAGAGGAAUGUCCGGUGCUCAACCGAGGAUGGUGAGGAAGAAUUUCUAAGUGCUGACGAAGGAGUGGCUUCUUCAGUAGGAGAUGACACGUCUGUACCGGCCACAAUGGUUGCUUCGUUGACAAUCACUACGAACUCGGCAAAAGUCGCUGCUGCGUCCGACGUUGUUUUGGAUGGUCGAAACUACAGAGCGGACGACGAAGACGUCACGCAAAUUGAACGUCAAUGUGCGGAUGAACAAGAAUUUAUCACAGUGAACACCAAAAAGAAGAAACUUGUCGAAUUUGGAAAACAUCAUCAGCAACAACAACAACAACAACAACGUACUGGGUCGGCAGGUAAAGAAGACCGUCAUCCGCGUGUUGUGGCGGAGCGUCUGGACCCGGCACGUCGUAGCUCUGUUGGGAUAACGGCCGAACAACGAAAUAACGCGAUAAACCCUCCUCUUCCGUCAGGGCGUCGUCCUACAACCGCAUCUUUGGCUGAUUUCUUGGAUGAAAAGGAUGGUGGUAAGAUUCACAACAAAGCGAAUUCCACUGUGACUUCUAAGGCCGUAAAGAAACUCCACCGUAAUGAGCGGCAGUCACAACCUGACGUGGACGUACCGCUACCCGAUCUUUUCUCUGGGACAUCUGAACAGAUGUCGAAACCUGCUACUCAGAAUGCUGCUGGCGAUUCUCCCGAACGAACUUUUUCUUAUGCUGAUGCUGCGAAAAAAUCUUCCGAGCCUAGUCGUGACAACUCUCCUGCAUGUGUAGCAAUUGCCUCUCCUUCAGCGAAGUCCGACUCGCCAGCCCCUCAAACUCCAACGCCUCUUUCAUGUGGGCCAGUGGACCAGUGUGGAGCUGAAGUAUUACCGUGCGCAGAUGUUGCCACUAGAAGCUCUGGAGUUGCAGAUGGACUGUCAUUCUUCUACGACGAAAGCGAAGCUACCAAUUCCGAUCAGAAUGACCAAGAUGGAGAAGUCACACCCGAUGGCGCGUUUGUGCUGAAUUUGGGUGGCAAAACUGUCCGUUUCGCGAAAGGAAUGGCUUCACCAGCUAUGGAUGUUCCUCCUUCAAAUAGUCGUCACAUGUGUAUGGUGGAAAUGUUGGCACAACGAUGGAAGAUGUUUCAGGAAGGAAACGUUCCAAAAAUCUACCAGCCGCGGAUCGCUUCAUCAUGA